AUGCACUUGUUCCUAGUAGCGUCCACUGUUCCUAGUAGUAAGGCCAGGAGCCCCGUUCAUAGCGUCCGCUCAGUUCCGGAGUUUGCGCCACCCCGGAGGUUGGUGGAGAAUUGGCCGGAUGAAGGCGCACACGUGUACUUUGGACAGGCCCUCGCGUUCGGCUUUGACAAGAAAGGACAGCCAAUUCAGAUCCAAAAUGGUGGAUUGGCUGGCUGGAGAUUUGCAGAGCUUCUUCGACAUGUUGGCGGGCGAGAAAAAGUGGUCAAGAGUUUGAUCCGAUUUCAGGAGCUUCAGGCGGCUCGCAUGGAAGAGUCUUCCCGUCGUUUGGGGCGGCCCAUUACCAAGCAGGUGGUCAUCACCAAUGCGGCGGGCAUGCCUCUACGUCCACAUCCUCAGGCCGUCGCCACUUUCAAGGACUUCCUCUUUAUCAGUUCUCGCUAUUAUCCCGAGUCAUUGGCCGUGCUCUUCAUUGUCAACGCACCGGUCUUCUUCGUGGCGUUCUACCGGCUCAUUCAGUCCUGGCUGGAUCCGGUGACAGCCUCGAAGAUCCAAGUCUUAGGUAGCAACUUCCAACAUAAGUUGCUGGAACACAUCGAUGCGGAUCAGCUCCCAAUCACCUACGGGGGGCACGGUGGACUUCGACAUUCUGGGAGAGACCUGGAGCCGGGAGGAGCCUUCGAGAAAAAACCGGCGCCUUCUUUGUAG